AAACGACAUAGUUUAAUAAAGAUAUAUGAAUUGCUAACAAACCCUAUUACUUUCUCCCUUGUCACCGGCUGUUUCGCCGUCGCCACCACGGUUCGUUCUCCUUGAAUAAGCUCGACAAGUUAACCGACCUGCCGACAUACAUGACCGCUUGUCAUAGCUCCGACAGAGGCAGGUAAGCGGCCUUUUCGUUUUUUCGUCAAAUAUUCUCCUAAGCACUUUCAAUAAUUUGCUUCGUAGCUGCUGCUGCUGCUCCUGCUUGUAUAUUUAUAGUAGAAACAAAAUGGGUGAUUUUGAUGAUGCCCGAAAAGUGAGAAACAUAUGCAUAUUAGCACAUGUUGAUCAUGGGAAGACUACGCUUGCUGAUCACCUUAUUGCCGCCACUGGUGGUGGUCUGCUUCACCCUAAAUUAGCGGGGAAGCUUAGGUUUAUGGAUUAUCUUGAUGAGGAACAAAGGCGUGCUAUAACUAUGAAGAGCUCUUCAAUUGCUCUUCAUUAUAAGGACUACUCGAUUAACCUUAUAGACUCCCCUGGUCAUAUGGAUUUUUGCAGUGAGGUCUCUACCGCUGCGAGAUUGAGUGAUGGGGCUUUAGUUUUGGUUGAUGCUGUUGAGGGAGUUCAUAUUCAGACACAUGCUGUUUUGCGUCAGUCUUGGCUUGAGAAGCUCAGUCCUUGUUUGGUGCUUAAUAAGAUUGAUAGGUUGAUCUGUGAGUUGAAGUUGAGUCCUAUGGAAGCAUAUAACCGUCUUUUGAGGAUUGUUCAUGAGGUUAAUGGAAUUAUGAGUGCAUACAAGUCUGAGAGAUAUUUGUCAGAUGUUGAUUCUAUACUUUCCGCGCCAUCUGGUGAGUUGGGUGAUGAAAAUCUUGAGUUAAUAGAAGAUGACGAGGAGGAUACUUUUCAACCGCAGAAGGGGAAUGUGGCAUUUGUUUGUGCAUUAGAUGGGUGGGGUUUUAGUAUUAGUGAGUUUGCUGAAUUUUACGCGUCAAAGCUUGGUGCAAGUUCAGCUGCAUUGCAGAAGGCUUUGUGGGGUCCUAGGUAUUUCAAUCCUAAGACUAAGAUGAUUGUAGGGAAGAAGGGACUGGAAGGAGGAGGCAAGGCUCGGCCUAUGUUUGUGCAAUUUGUGCUUGAACCAUUGUGGCAGGUUUACCAUUCAGCCUUAGAGCCUGAUGGAAAUAAAGGAUUACUUGAGAAAGUUAUUAAGUCAUUUAAUUUGAGUGUGCCACCUCGUGAACUUCAAAAUAAGGAUCCAAAGCUUGUGCUUCAAGCUGUCAUGAGCCGCUGGCUUCCUUUGUCAGAUUCUGUUUUAUCCAUGGUUGUGAAAUGUAUGCCAGAUCCUAUUGCUGCCCAGUCUUUUCGAAUUUCACGUUUGCUUCCAAAGAGAGAUGUUUUGCAUGAUGUGGCUGACCCGAGUGUCAUUACUGAGACAGAUCUUGUGAGGAAGUCGAUUGAGAUUUGUGAUUCUAGCCCUGAAGCAGCUUCUGUUGCUUUUGUAUCCAAGAUGUUUGCUGUACCAACAAAAAUGCUACCUCAAAGGGGUCCAAAUGGGGAGAUUUUGAAUAACUACAGUGAUGAAAAUGGAAAUGGUGAAUCGGAUGAGUGCUUCCUUGCAUUUGCAAGGAUUUUUAGUGGGGUUCUUUAUUCAGGUCAAAGAGUUUUUGUUCUUUCAGCAUUAUAUGACCCUUUGAGGGGAGACUCAAUGCAGAAGCAUGUGCAGGAGGCUGAGUUGCAUUCCUUGUAUCUCAUGAUGGGUCAAGGCUUGAAACCAGUGACCUCUGCAAAAGCAGGGAACGUUGUGGCAAUUCGAGGCCUCGGCCAACAUAUUUUAAAAAGUGCAACUCUUUCAUCCACGAGAAACUGUUGGCCUUUCUCCAGCAUGACAUUCCAGGUUGCUCCAACUCUAAGAGUUGCAGUUGAGCCAUCUGAUCCAGCAGAUAUUACUGCUCUAAUGAAAGGUUUGAGGCUUCUGAACAGGGCAGAUCCAUUUGUAGAGGUAACUGUUUCUUCUAGAGGGGAGCAUGUGCUUGCUGCUGCUGGUGAAGUUCACUUAGAAAGAUGCGUCAAAGAUUUGAGGGAAAGAUUUGCAAAGGUGAGCCUGGAAGUCUCUCCACCUCUCGUAUCCUAUAAGGAGACCAUUGAGAAUAAUGCAUCCAAUGCUUUUGAUAAUCUGAAGUCACUGAGUAAAAGCUCUGAUUAUGUGGAGAAAAUAACACCAAAUGGAAGAUGUGUUGUUCGCGCGCAAGUCAUGAAACUUCCACCUGCUCUAACCAAGGUGCUUGAUGAAAGUGCCAGUAUACUUGGGGACAUUAUUGGUGGGAACCUGGGGCAGUCAAAUAGAGGUGUGGAAACACAAGGAUCAAGCGUUUUGCAAGAUGAGAAUUCAGUUGAAGCACUUAAGAAACGCAUAACUGAUGCUGUGGAGAGUGAAGUUUUGUCUUGGAGUGAAAAUGACAAGGAUCGGCCUGAGAAAUAUAAACUCAAGUGGCAAAAAUUGCUCAAGAAGAUUUGGGCACUUGGUCCAAGACAGGUUGGCCCAAACAUCCUCUUCACUCCAGAUUUGAAAAGCAAGAUCAACGAUUCCUCUGUUCUUAUAAGGGGUUCUCCUCAUGUAUCUGAAAAAUUGGGCUUAGUGGAUAAUUAUAGGGAUUGUAAUACACCUGCCAAUGCUUCGUCUGAAGUAACUAAACCAUUACAGAUGGAAGCAGAGAGUCUGCAGAACAGUUUAGUGUCUGGAUUUCAGCUUGCAACAGCAGCUGGACCUUUAUGUGAUGAACCAAUGUGGGGAGUGGCUUUUGUGGUUGAGGCUUAUGUAUCUCCCUUGGCUGAGCAGGCUGACGAGUCAGAAUCUAAUCAACAAUCUGAGCAGUAUGGUAUGUUCACAGGGCAGGUUAUGGCAGCUGUCAAGGAUGCAUGUAGAGCAGCUGUACUUCAGAACAAACCCCGGCUUGUUGAGGCAAUGUAUUUUUGUGAAUUGAACACGCCAACUGAAUUUUUGGGCCCUAUGUAUGCAGUGCUUAAUCGUAGACGGGCUCGGGUCUUGAAGGAGGAAAUGCAGGAAGGAUCUCCACUUUUCACAGUUCACGCAUAUGUCCCAGUUUCUGAGAGCUUUGGUUUUCCUGAUGAGCUCAGAAGAUGGACUUCAGGUGCUGCAAGUGCUCUUCUUGUUCUUAGCCAUUGGGAAGCACUCCCUGAGGAUCCUUUCUUCGUACCAAAAACAGAAGAAGAAAUUGAAGAGUUUGGAGAUGGUUCCAGUGUUCUGCCGAAUACAUCGAGAAAACUCAUUGAUGCUGUAAGGCGGCGGAAGGGCCUCCCUGUGGAGGAAAAAGUAGUCCAGCAUGCUACCAAACAGAGGACAUUGGCGCGAAAAGUGUAGUAAUUGAUAUUUCAUUAUACUCUAAAAUUUUGUAAAAUUUAAAUUUUGGAAUAUUAAUAUUAAAUACACAUCUCUGAAAUACAUGAAAGCAAAUAUCAAAA